UACAUUUUAGUAUUAAAAUAAAAGUGAAACUAUAUAAUACACGAUGGGCAAAAGGAAGACAGAGGCGAGGGAAGCGAAGAUUCUUAGAAAGAUAAGGAAACUGGAAGAAAAAUUGUCGAACACACCGGCGAGGAAACGUAUAAUGCGUCUACCUUCUAGUAGUUCGAGUGACGAGAAUAAUAAUGUCAGCCAGACGAAGAAUGACAUAUUAUACCAGGCUUUACCGGAUUCGUUCGACGCUCUUGAUGAUGUCACCGAGCGACGUCCAGACAUCGUGUUAUCAAUGGAGGACAUAACACGGCCUGAGGCGGCUGUUGAGAUACCAGCAGUUUCGCAGAUCGGCGGUGCCGAUUCAGCAGUCUCUGAAAUCGAGGGGAAUAAUGACCUCGAGUUGGAUGGGUCAAUACUUUCAUUGUUAGGUGAUGUUCCCGAACUUGUUACUGAACUCGGACCUCCUAUCCAUAAGGAUAUUGCCACAAGAUGGCAAGACAUUUUGAAAAGAGGGCUUAAAGAGGAUAUCAAAAGAGACUUGGUAAAGUUAUAUCCUAUACCUAAUAAUUUAGAAACACUGGUACCACCAAUUCUAAAUCCUGAAGUAAAAGUAGCACUAGCAGAAAGUUUAGUAAAACGAGACUCUUCUAUUUUUCAUAAACAAAAACAGAUCGGGUUGGCAUUGUCAGCACUUAGUAAAUCUGUCGACUCUAUAAUAAGUGACCCAGCCAAAAAGUUACAUAUCGACACAAAAUCGAAAUUAUUAAGACCUUUAAGUGAUGCUUGUCGCAUUUUAUGUGAUGUAUACCAGCUCGAAACGAAAAGACGAAGAAUGCUUAUUUUAAGUUCGAUAAACCAGAAGAUGAAAGACAUCGUUAUGGAUACAUUACCUGAAAAAUAUCUCUUUGGUGACAACAUGUCGGAGAAGUUAAAGACAGCUCAAGGUAUUAAUAGAUCGGGACAAAUUUUAAAAGUCAUACCGAAGACAAGUUUUUUGAGUAAAAAUGCUACGUCAACUACAUCAGUCCCAAAGUCUUUAAACCAACGGACCCCAUAUCGGAAAAUAGCAGCACGUUCUUAUAUGGGGAAACAACGACUGCAGGACCGUGCAGCGCCAGCGCCAACUCCAGCGCCAGCUCAGGGCCGCCAGCGGCACUACCGCCGCAGCCCUCCACCUCCUCCGCGGCGUCAGAGACAGCAGCGGUUUUGA